AUGUCGCCGUGGCCCUCGACGUUGCAUGCCUGGAAAGGUGACCGACAUCUAUGGCUGGAGCACUGCUUCAAAGAAUAUGGGGACAAGGUGCGUGUAGCACCUGACACUGUCCUCUUUCGCAGCCCCACGGCCUAUCGCGACAUAUAUGGCAGCCGUGCGAACGUGCGGCGGGCCGACUUCUACGAUGCUCUGAAGCGAGAGGAAAACCAAUACAGUACGAUCACAUAUAUGGAUAAUGCUAGCCAUCACAAAAGUCGGAGACUAUUAGAUCUGGCGUUCACGAAUAAGUCUCUCAGAGCCUCCGCAGACUUCAUGCAACAGCACAUCGAUCGGUGGCAUGAGCUUUUGACUAUCGACAGUGGUGACGACUGGACACCUCCUUUCAACUUCACGGACCGUGUAAACUUCCUGGUAUUCGAUAUCUUGGGUGACAUCUGCUAUGGAAAGUCGUUCAGAACCAUGGAACCGGGCGAGAACUCUUUCAAGGCUAUCCCGCGUGCAGCAGUCAGGCUAACGACAGUACUGUACGCCAUCGCGAAGUCACCCUUCCUACAUCUUGUGAUAUAUUUGAGGCCGCGAGGACUGUCACGCCUAUUCAGAGCAAUUCGACCCAAGCAAAUAGUAGUAUUCGAUGAUUUCGUUGACUCCAGCAUUGAGCAACGAAUCGCACGGGAGAUAACCGCUAGAUCUUCGGCCGAGGCGCGCCAGGAUAUGUUCCACUUCAUCUACAAUGCGAAAGAUAACGAAACAGGCGAAGCGGCUUUCAGAGAUGAGCGGCUCGUCGCCGAAUGUCGACUUCUCGUAAUUGCUGGUUCGGACAGUACUUCGGUCACUCUAUCGGGCCUAUUCUUCUACCUAUCGCAUUACACGCAGGCCCUGAACAGCCUUCGAAACGAGAUAACAAACACUUUCGGCAUGGCAGAGGAUAUUGCGCCUGGCUCUAAAUUAUUGUCUUGCAAGUAUCUAAGGGCCGCAAUCGAUGAGGCAAUGCGAAUGUCGCCUGCCGGGCUGUCCGAGCUUCCAAGGCAAGUGUUGCCCGGUGGCACAGAGAUUGAUGGCGAGUAUUUUCCAGAGAACACCAUCGUCGGAACGGCGGCUUGGUGUGACGGGUUCAAUGACCAGGUGUACGGCGACGCGGCUGUCUACCGACCGGAGCGCUGGCUUGUGGACGACACCAAUUCCGCGGAAGACGUCUCGCGAAUAAGGGCAAACUUCCACCCAUUUGGAAUUGGACCACACAACUGUGCAGGCACGAAUUUUGCGCUGCAGGAGCUGAUGCUUGUUGUGGCUAAAACGGUGCAUCGAUUUGAUUUCCGGCUUGCAUCGGAGUGGGCCAAAGGUGCAGGCUUGCGGCACAGGCGCGUGAUCGGGGGAAAGGAGGUUCCGCAGUUCCAGCUGCAAGAUGCGUACAUAACUGUAAGGGAUGGACCAAUACUGCAGUUUCGAAGGCGACAUAUUUGA